GCACGCACCAGUUUUUCCAGGGCUGUCAACCGAGCUGGCUGGUCUGCUGACACGAUCCGCCAUUAGUGCCACACGCUGUGAGUGUUUUUGGUUGCGGUUGGGUGCUUGCUGAACGGAUAUUUGCUGUGAUGAAUUUCAACCAGUGCUGGUGAUUUGUGCGUGAUUAUCAAAAGUGGGCAAAAGCGGCAAAAUCUGAAGCACCACAGAAUCCGAGUACCGUGGAAGGACCAAGUUUUGGUGUGUCCAUUGUGCGAGUAUAUCUUCACGGUUCCCUGCAACCGUUCGUCGGUUGCCGCAAAGAGUGUUGACGAACACUUCCCUCGAGCAACGAUCAAGGGCUGAAGACUGUGGUGUUUCAUCCGGGUACGAUAGCUUGUACGGAAAGGAAUAGCAACCGACAGCUGGUGAAAACGUGUCUAGAAAGAAAAAACUAGAAGGUUAUUUCAGGACAAGUUAUCAAAUUAGAAGCUGCAAAGCGGCGAGGUGUUGAAUAUCCACAGUCGGCAUCUGGUUUGACUAAAGCUCACCAUGAAAGGUAGACAUCUUCGGCGGCGGUUCAGCCUACAGCCGUCGUUUAUGAAGGAUGAUUCGACUGAAGAGCGACCAAAGAGAGAAAAGCCACUGAAAAACGAUGAAAACUCUAUAAACUCCAACGUUCGGCACAAGAUCGUCAUGAUGGGCGCGGCCAAGGUGGGCAAAAGCUCACUCAUCACGCAGUUCCUGUACAGCAGCUUUUCGCCCAAGUACAAACGCACGGUUGAGGAGAUGCACCAUGGACACUUCUCGGUCGGUGGCGUAAAUCUGACGCUCGACAUACUGGACACUUCUGGAUCGUACGAGUUCCCAGCAAUGCGGGCCCUUUCCAUCUCGUCGGCGGAUGCAUUCAUCCUGGUGUACGACGUCACGGACAGUAUCACGUUCGAGGAAGUGAAAGCGAUACGCGAGCAAAUCCACGAGAUUAAAUCUACGACCGCGGUACCGAUUGUGGUCGUCGGCAACAAGACGGACCUGAGCGAUGAGGACGAAGAUCUGCGGCAGGUAGCACGUGACACAACCGAAUCGAUGGUAACGGUAGAUUGGGAGAAUGGUUUCGUCGAAGCAUCAGCCAAGCUGAACCGUAAUGUUACACAGAUAUUUAAGGAGCUUCUAGUGCAGGCCAAAAUAACCUACAACCUUAGCCCGGCCCUGCGACGGCGAAGGCGCCAGUCGUUGCCGCAGCAGGCCAGCACGGGCAGUACCGGUGCACCGGCCACCCCGCAAGCAUCGCCCAGCGUUCACGUUCCAUCCGUAGCCCAGCUGCAGCACCUACAGCAGAUACAGGACAAAAGUCUCGGUGGCAAACGCAACUCGUGCAUUCUUUCCUAAUGCGGUUUUACGCCAGCCAUGCCAUCACGUUUUCUCUACUCCAUGUCUGCUACAUCAUCUACCCUACCUGUGACCGUGCUAUGGACACAUUAAUGGACAUUUAUAUAUAUUCUUCGUUACCCGUACGGCGUGAUGGAAAAUGAUGGAAUGGUGGGGGUUUUGUAGCGAUCUAUAAAACGGUAAGAAAUCGAGACCCCGCUAAAGAGCAUUGUUCUCGAAACGGUGGAUGUGUGUUGGCGUGUAAAAUAUGAAUAUUUAAACGUGUUUCAAACAUACCCCCUUACUCGAUCGUCAAUGAAAUAUUUUCAACAAAUCAAUGCCCCAUUUCAAUUCACUUUUCACGACCAGGCACACUCUAUUAAAUCAGUGUACUUACUUAGUAAAGGAUUUUGUGAUGUUAAUAAGUUUAAACCGGUGUCGGUUUCGUUCGUAAAUAAAAAGACAACACUGUGUAAAGUAUCGAAGUGGAAAAAUACGGGUAAUAAAAAGGAAACGAUUGAUGGAGGUUUUCAGUAGUAGAGCGCGGUACGAGCAAGCAAGGCAUCUCACAUGCGGUAGAACGAAACAAUACGUUGGCGCCCAUAUGCAUACAUUGCACGGAGUAAAACUUAAAAGUGACAGGAUGCUUCAGCACACAAAUGCUGCAAGACAUUAGAUAAGUUACGCAGGUGUAGGUUACACUGUUGUUUUGGUUUGUAGAUCAUUAAAUUCCACAUACUGGAAUGUAGAACCAUUUUCAUACCGUUCGAUACCCACCAAGUAACAGUAACAGGAUUGGCAAGGUGGCGCUCAUACCGAUUAUCGUACCAAAACUCAUCGAGUCCAUUUCAUGUGCGUGAGUGUUAAUGUGUACGUAUGUAUGUAUGUGUGUGUGUGUGUGUAUUAGUGUUUUGAUAAUAAAUACGAAAGAAAACCAAUCUACUCACUUUGCGGAAACUUCUUCACCGCUCGCAAUCUGGCCAAUGCUUCAAGUAUCACUCCCUCAGUCUAUCACGAACGAUUUCAUCGCCUUCACGAUCUCACUAAUAGAAUAAUUCAAAUAUAUUCCAUGAUUCGCUCUUUGGCAGUCACACUAUCCCUUUGCUUUAUUUACCUUAAUUUCGCUCAAAACAACCUACAGCAAGGCGUGAUUAGUGGUCCGGAGAGAAAUAUAUUAGGAAAAGCCAAAAAUCAAAAUAUAAAUAAAACAUCAAACACCAUUUUCUAGCGUUGUAAACUCGAGCAUUUGAGAGGAGGAGGAACUAACUAAAACGGAAAGAUUUUUGCAAACAUUAUUCAUUCCGCAAACAAUCAUCAAAGAGAAGAAACAAAACAAAUACCAAAAUUGACGUUACUGUUACAUUUACCCUAGAACACGCUACACAUAAAUCGCCAAAAUAAUUUGCUAACAGGUGUAUAAAACUUGAAGAUGACAUAAUCUGUAUGUAAUUGCAAAGGAAAAGCAUAAGAAAUAAACAGUGGGAGGAAUAAGAGUCCUGGAGACGAAUAGAUUAGCUUACCGCAAACAAACAGAGGAGAACAAGAAACAGCAAACAAAGUAUUAUUACAGUGUGUAGUUAUACGAAAACAAAUCAAACCAUUGAUACACUGGAAGCAGCUGAACUUUGAAGCGAAGAUCGCCUGUGUGCAGGAAUAUAUUGCUAGAAUUAUUCAAGUUGAAAGUAAAUAA